CAUUGAUUAAGGCACUUAAGCAAAGUCAGUGUAUAACAUUUUUGUUAAAGCGGACUCCUCUCCGCAUUCUUGGUUGUGAGUCCUCUCUACACUCGAAUUUUCUCGUUCAUGAAAUGACUGCUAAAACUCCGGCUCAGAGACAAUCUAAGCUCCCUAAAAUGGUUAACAAAAAGCAUGAGUUUGAAGAUAAAAGCAAACCUUGCGCGAUACGCUCAAGUAAUAUAAUAGCCGCCAAAGGUAUGAUAUGUUUCCUCCCUGACAUCUCUUCAGCUGUCUCCGAUGCGAUAAGGACCAGUCUCGGCCCCAGGGGUAUGGACAAGAUGAUCCAAGAAGCCAAGGGUGACGUUACCAUCACGAAUGAUGGAGCCACAAUCCUAAAACAAAUGAAAUUGCUCCAUCCAGCUGCUAAGAUGCUUGUAGAGCUCUCAAAAGCUCAGGAUAUCGAGGCCGGAGAUGGAACAACUACGGUUGUAGUCCUAGCCGGAAGUUUAUUGGAUGCGAGCUCCAAGCUCCUCAGCAAGGGGAUACAUCCGACCAUAAUAUCAGAGGCCUUUCAGCGUGCAUCUACGAAGGCUUGUGACAUAAUCAAACAAAUUUCCAUGCCUAUUGAUGUUAAUGACAGGGAGCUCCUAUGCAAGAUAGCAUCGACCUCCCUCAACUCU